UCGUGUUUUCUACGCUGUUCUGUGCUAUAUGCCUCAAGUAGAACAGUAACAACCUGUAGCUCGCUACAGCAAUUGACUAGACAAAAAGGAAAAUAUAAAACGUAAAAUCAGGAUUUAUAUGUCUGAUUUAAAUAUGGAAAGCAGAAGAAGACUAUCAUUUGUACAUAUCUGAUUUUAUUGCCGCCAUACUUAAUUUUGUGACGACGUGCAUUUACUUAUUAUGUUGAAAUUUGCUGGCAUAAUAUACAUGACAAAUAGGUCUACUUUAUUUUCAUAUUAAAGGUUCGAUUUUACCAUUUCAUUUACCGGAGAAAAACAAAAUAUGGCAAAGUAUCGUACGAUGGAGGCAACUCGGAACAUGCGUUUCCGUGUCCAGGCAACUAAUAAUGAAACCUUUGUGGCAAUUUUAGACACACAUGAAACGGAAUAUGACAAUGACGGAGCUGUUUAUUACGUUGUGGUAGUUGUACUUAUAUAUGGAUUGUCUAUCGUUAUGAUGAUUGCUUCACAUAUCAGGAGAAACAACCAAGAUGGACAGUUGAGAUCCUACUUGAAAGAAAUGGCAAUUCUUAGGAAGAAGAAUAGGCGUGAAAAGUUACUGGAGAAAAUGACGGAUCUAGCACAUAAAUCGGGCCCGUUUCAGGGCCAGAAGCAAGAGGAAACGUCCUUUCAUAACUUUAAAAGAGACAAUGCAGCCUUAUAUGGACGUCUACCAACGGAAGUUGAUGACGAAUCACAUGAUCUGUUGUUGUCAAAAACAAGUACAAGUGAUUAUGAAGACUCCGUUUUCAGCACAGAAACAUCAAAGUUGGAAUCACCAGCCACACCAAAGAUAUCGCCAUCUAGUAUGUUAACACCCAAACUUGUUCGUACAGACGGAAAACCUUUCAUUCCGAUACAAGUGAUAAAUGAAAACACAGUUUUGUAA